AUCACAAAACUCUGUUAUCACAAACUAAAAAAACAAACACAACAUAAAAGGACCUGUUCCUUCCUACACACCCAAAAAAAAAUGGCUGAUCAUCAAUUCAACUCAGACAUACAAAAUUUUAUCACAAAUUCACCAUUUUCUCUAUUAAAUUUCGAUUCGAGUGUCGAUUUAAUGAACCAAUUUCCAGAUAUGAUGACCAUUCCUUGUUCAUCAGACAUGUCAAGUUUCAAUAUACAGAGUUCAAUGGAAUUUUCGAAUGAUAAUGUUUUCACUCAAGUAAAUGAUCAGUUUCCAGGAAGUUUACAAGAAAUAUUUCAAGGAAAUAUACAACAAGAAAGCAAAAAUGAGGAAAUUAAUGAUAGUAAAAAAAGAAAAAUUAGUGAUACUCCAGAAAGCAGUUCAGCUUCUGCUACGGGGAAUAAAAGAAGAAAUACUAAAGGAAGAGGAAAUAGAGUGAAAGUUGAUGAAAAGGAAGAAGAAAAACCAAGAGAAGUGGUUCAUGUUAGAGCUAAAAGAGGCCAAGCAACUGAUAGUCACAGCUUAGCAGAAAGGGUUAGAAGAGGAAAAAUUAAUGAAAGACUUAGAUGCUUGCAAGAUAUUGUUCCAGGAUGCUACAAGACAAUGGGCAUGGCAGGAAUGUUGGAUGAAAUUAUUAAUUACGUGCAAUCCUUGCAAAAUCAAGUCGAGUUCCUCUCCAUGAAACUUACCGCAGCAAGCUCAUACUACGACUUCAACUCGGAAUCCGACAUUCUUGUGUCAUUACAGAGAGCAAAGGCAUAUGAAGCACUAAAAAUGCAGAAAAUGAUGAAGAAGGAAAUUGAAUGUGAAGUGAUGUCUACAAAUCAAGUUGGUCUUCAUUUUGGAAGUUAUCCAAUGUUGCCAUACAACACCUGAAGAUUCUGCCCAAUUAAUUUUUUAUUUUUAUUUUCAAUCAAACUUUUUUCCCACUUGGUGCUAUACAUUUGCAAUAUUUGUACACAUUUGGAAAAAAGAAAUUCAGAUAUUUUAUAUUAAUAUACUUGUAUUAGGACUCACUCAGCUUUUAUGUGGGUACUUAACCAAAUUAUAUAUAGUAAAUUGUUUGAUUUUCUCUAA